GCCUGUGUUAGAGGCUGCAAGUUCCCCCUUUGGCAACCAUUUUCAGCUGUGCAAUCUAGUCGUAAACUGUCACAGGUAACCCCAUGAUAUUUAAAUAUUGUGUGCCUGUAGCCACACAAAGUUGUCAUACCCCAUGUCAUACUCAAAGGAACCAUUCAUCUUCCCCAGCUGAAACUGGUUCCUGUUUACCAUGCAGCUGUAACUGCUAUUAUGUUUGUAUAGUAAAUUCAUAUGCCUUGACAACAGCUGAGUAACCAGUUGUCUUUGAAAAUCAAAUGGAAAAUAAACCCUGACAUUUAAAUUUAGUUUAUCUAUUAGUUUCAAUUUAGAUAUCAUCUAUGUGGGUGGGUCCGAGUAGCUUUAAGAUGUAUUGGAAGAACUUUGACACUCACAAUGCAGAGCUAUAUUCAAUGUUGGCAAUCAGAUGUGGGACUCAAAAGAUGAACAGUGUAUUUUGUGGGAAGUAAGACGAGGCAAGGAAUGUUUCAGGAAGGGGAGCACUGGGUCCACUUUGACCUGUAUUACCCUUUAAAACCAUGAAGAAUGUUCAUUGGAAGGGUUAGUGAACAAAUGACCUCCAGUUACUGGUAAUAGUUACUUCACCAAAUAUUCUAGAACUUCAGUAAAACCUUCUGGAGAAAGGAACAUUCCAAAAGAGAAUAACACUCUGUUCCAUUGAAUACAAACUUCUAAUUCUAUGGUUUGUCCAUACUUUUUUUUACUGCUACUGGUGAGUGUUCAUAGGAUAGGCAAUGAGUGUCUUCCGAUUUGAAAAAGGAAAUUUUGUAGUGUUUAUAUAUUUGAUGAGCUUAUGCUUUCAUACUUAAGAAAAUUAAUCUUUCAUUACUAUAGGUUGUGUUUGAGCUGUUCUAAUUGAAGUUGUGCAGUCAUUGCUUGCUUUUGCAGAUAUUUUCUGUGUAGAUUCCCAAGACUAAACACAGUUAUUUGGCAGAUAUAUAGAUAUGAUACCAAGCACCACCAAUGAUUAACAAAGUUGUAGACUUGAAAAAGCAAGAAAACCCCAAAGAACAGAAAGGAAUACGCAGGCAUCUCUCAUCUCCUCUGGGCUCUGCAGCGCUCCAAGCCAUGAGGUCGCAGCACCAGGACUGAGUCAGCUCGGUGGACACGCGAUGGACAGGGAAAUGGACAUACAGGAGGAGGACGUGGAGGCGUCGUGGGGGCUGCUGUCGUGGCUGGCCUCCAGCGUGAUGGUGUUUGGCGGGGCCGUGCCCUACGUGCCCCAGUACCAGGAGAUCCAGCGCAGCGGCAACACCGAGGGCUUCUCCACCCGCGUCUGCCUCGUGCUGCUCAUCGCUAACAUCCUGCGCAUCUUCUUCUGGAUAGGGAAGCAAUUUGAGCUGACGCUGCUGCUCCAGAGUCUGGUGAUGAUCCUGACCAUGUUUGCUAUGCUGUAUCUCUGCUGCGCCAUCCAGGGCAGCAACCGGGUUACCACCAAACAGCAUCACAUCGCAGAUCUUGACCUGCGUUACUUCUGGAGUUGGACGAGCUUCGAGGACUACCUGAUCUUCUGCUUCGGCUUCACACUCCUGUGUGCCUUCAUCACCUUCCUCUUCCUCGACUCGGUGCUGUUCGUGGAGACGCUGGGCUCUCUGGCUGUCCUCUUUGAGGCCAUGCUUGGGGUUCCGCAGCUGCUGCAGAACUUCCAGAACCGCUCCACACGUGGAAUGAGUGUUAAGAUGGUGCUACUGUGGACGGCUGGUGACAUCUUCAAGACCAUGUACUUCGUGUUGAAUGACAGUCCGUCUCAGUUCUGGGUGUGCGGCAGCCUGCAGAUCGUCAUCGACGUGGCCAUCCUGCUCCAGGUCCUCUAUUACAACCAGGAUGUCCGCGUCAAGCUGGGCUGACCUCGCCCCCGGCAACCAUCCACAUGGCAACGACGCCGCCGCCACCGCUAGGUCACACACAAACAAGGACUCUGUUGCCAAGUGCCUUUUAAAACAUUUUCUUUCUUCUUCUUAAUUUUCUGUUUUUUAAUUGGGUCAGUUAUAUAUUUUACAUACGUGUUUGUAAUGUGUUCCAGUUUAGUUGAGCUUUUUUUGCGAUGUUUUUAUUUUGUAUUAUUUAUUCUUCUGGGUUGAGCCAAGUUCUCCAUGCUGGUUACUGAGCGUCUACUACUGACGGCUGAUGAGAAGCUUCUCCGGGGCUGAAAGUGUGCUCCCGUUGAUGAAUGGCUUCAGUGUGGGAGCGUGAAAUGCCAGGGCUGCUGGCAGAAAGAGAUCUGGAGUAUCUGUCAGAGCGGGCCGGGCCUCACUGGCACCAGGUCGGGCAGAACCGUGCCAAAUACCGGUCUCUUUUUCCCAAACAAUGCCCGUGCCCACCUCUGCUCUCCGAAGAGCCAAUACAAGGGCCACGGAGCCACCAAUGCUGUGCCUUACUCGUGCCAAAGAUCUCUCUCACGCCCACCACCUUAUGCUGGGGUUCAUCAGCAGCAAAGCUUAAUGCUCCUGUGCUUUCAACCAAAAACCAAAGCCAAAGAAAAAGCAACCAUCACACCUCAGUGUAUUGCAGACAUAAUGUGUUUUCAAUAGCAUUUAAUCAGCUGUGUAUGUCUAUGGCAUUUCCCUGUUUCUCUCUCUCUCUCUCUCUCUCUCUCUUUCUCUCUCUCUCUCUCUCUCUC